AUGAUUUUGAGCACACUUUGGACGAUAUCAACAGGCUCAACAUCCAUAUCAUAUUUGGACCAGCUGGUUUACUGUUUGACAUCAGUGACAUUCAUUACAUUGGUACUAUUGGCAUUCAUCCUGCGAUAUUAUUAUUCAGUGAUCUAUCAAUCAUCGCCAUAUCCCAACGCAGCCACACAAUACUCUGCAACAAUGUCCACACUUCACACCAAUCUACUAUCUGGACAUCUUGGCAACACACUUACAGAUAACUUAAUAUAUCGCAAUUCAAACAACAACAAUAUCGAGCGUAUAUUAUCUGAUGGCCAAUCAUCAUCUUCAUCUUCAACAUCAACAUCAUCAUCAACAUCUACAUCAUCAAAGUCAAUACUUAAUGAGAAAUCAUUAGUACAAUUAUCUGAUUUGAAUAAUAUAUCAGUUGGACAGUUCUCCAUGGCUGUUGGCAACUGUAUUGAGGGCGACAUUGGACAUGUGGCCGAUAAGUUCUUCUUCCAGGUGGUCUCUUUCGAUAAACAGGGCUGCAAGAAGACGACUGGUGGCGACUUGAUCAAGGUGAGCAUCCGCGGCAUCGACUUCCACAACAUCAUGGACGACAUCAUGGCAGAGGUGGUCGACAAGCACAACGGCACAUAUCACGUCAACUUCCAGGCUUCGCGCUCUGGCCACUACCACAUCAGCGUGUUUGUCAACCACGUCGAGCUGCCCGACUCGCCCUUCACGGUCAACGUCGAGCCCGUGGCAUACGCGAUGAUCUUUGCCGGCUCAGACAAUGGUGUGGUCGCCGGCGAGGAGUUCACAUUCGACAUUGCUCCAGCCCACACACCAUCCCACCGCAUCAUGGACAAGGUCGACAUUGAGACCUACUUCUGCGAGAAUGGAUCGCUCAAGAAGACCAACAAUGGCGAGAUCUCAUUGUUCUCAGCAACAACCGGUCACGAGUUCCAGUAUCGUGGCAAGCUGUACAAGAGCGGCGAGUACAUGCUGCAGGGCUCAGUCAACGGCGUCGUGGUCUUUGCCAAGAAGAUCCGCGUCCACCCUGGCCCAGUGUCAGCUCGCUUCUCCUACUUGCAGUGGGACAGCAAGGAGUUGAUCUCGGACAACAAGAUGUUCAUUCUCGAGGAUGGCCUCACCGAAGCCGAGUCACAACUGCGCUUCCUCAUCCAGACCAAGGACCAGUUUGGCAACAACACCACACCCGCCAACAUUGCCACCGACUUUGCCAUUGAGGUCGUGCGCAGUCUCUCCCCAAUCUCCUCCUCUUCAUCAGCUGUCGACGGCUGCACCAAGGACUCGGACAGCGCGAUUGCUGGCGACGUCCAAACCAUCCAGCCAACAUUCCAUCAGGACUCGCGUGGUCUGGUCAUGAGCAUUGCCAUCAAGAGCUGUGGAUGGUACUGUGUAUCAGUGCGCGUGGGUGAUGUGCCCAUUGGCAACAGCCCAUUCACAUUGAUCGCCAUCGACCAAGUCGACUGCUCCACAUUGUCCACAAUCUUCCAACUCGGUCAGGCUGCCUCCUUCAACUGCCAGCUCGAGAACAACAACAAGUUGUCCAACGUUUCACUUCACAUUUCGCCAAAUACCAUCCAGAUAACUCAAAGCAGCUUCUUCAGAACUGUGAUGUUGCAUGAGUUCUCGAUCAACUCCAGCAUUCAGAUUAAGUUCAAGAGUGACUCGGAGAUUUUGAUCAAGGACGGCAACAAGGAGGUGUGCCUAAAGGACUGCAAGAGCAGCUUCUUGAUCAUGUUGACCUCGCUCAAUCUGCUCUGCAGCCAAUCGGACCCAACGUUCGAGUCCAAGCUCCGUCUGCUCAAGAGCAGCCUGAGCCGUGCCCAGACCGGUGGCAAGGUCGUGCCACUCAAGUUGAACAUCGCCUCGCGCGACAACCUGCUUGAGGAGUCGCUCGACAUGCUUAAGAACAUUGACAGUCGCGAUCUGACCCUUUCGCGCAUCAUGAUCAAGUUUGCCGAUGAGGAGGGCAUUGACUUUGGAGGCAUCUCCAAGGAGUGGUUCGGCAAGGUCUCCGAGCAGAUGGGUACCAAGUCCAUCAAUGGAUACAAUCUCUUCGAGUCAUUUGGCAACAACCGCCUCUAUCAGCCAUCACCAUUCUCCAACAUGGUGUCAAACUACCGCACUAGCUUCCGCACACUUGGUCGCCUGGUUGCCAAGUCAGUGUUUGAGAGCAUUGUCAAGGCCGAUCGCCACCUGUCCAUCCGCUUCACACCAAGCUUCUACAAGCUGCUGCUCAACCAGACCGUCUCCAUCGAGGACGUCGAGGCACUGGACGCCGAGCUGUAUCGCAACAAGUUUAGCUUCAUCCUCAACACACCAAUGGACGAGGUCAACGAGAUGCUUGGUGAGCCACUAUACUUUGUGCGCCACAUCCACAACUCGCAGCCAGCCAUCGAUGGCGACAACCACGUGCAGCGUGAGCGCGCCGUCAAUCUCAAGCCCUUUGGCAACCUGAUCCAGGUGACAGACGACAACAAGAAGGAGUACCUGCAGCUUCUCGCCAACAACAUGCUGUACGGCUCGAUCAAGACCCAGAUUGAGGAGUUCAAGACCGGCUUCUACGAGCUUAUCCCACUACAAGCUAUCCAGAUGUUUGAUUGGCGCGAGUUGGAGGUGUUGAUCAACGGCAAGGGUGACAUCAACAUUGAUGACCUCAAGUCGCACUCCAACAUCACCGGUGUCGUCGCCAACGACAUCACCGAGAACUUCUGGAACAUCCUGGCCAACUUCGACGAGAAGGACAAGAAGAAGUUGCUCAAGUUUGUGACUGGCUCCUCUUCCGUCCCAUUGGGCGGCUUCUACCAGCUCUACCCACACUUCACCAUCAACAUCACGCCCACCGCCAAUGUCCACCGUCUGCCAGUGUCGCACACCUGUUUCAACCGCAUCGACAUCCCCAAGGCAUGCACAUCCUACGACACACUCAAGCAGAACCUAUUGACUGCAAUUGAGGCUGAGGGCUUCUCGCUGAUCUAA